AUGUUUUUACCCAAGGGCUUUGGGGCCCACCGCUCAGGAUUGAAGGUGCUCUUUGAGGAAGGAUGCAUUUUGACCGAUGCCGCAGAGGGCACGUUUGCACAUCACGUUCUGAAGUUCCUGCGCAAAACCAAAAUCAUGUAUUUCCAGGAAACUGCCCUGAUCUUGGAAGGGCAAAGUGGUGGAAACAAGACGCAGCUUCUCUUCCAGCCUUUACAGCGGAUCCGCCUUCUGGUUUCGUCCAUGAAGCAGAUGGCCCAGUGCUUGCGGCCAGCUGGCUCUUGGGAGCGACGUUUUGUGGCAUACAGGUUGCCUCCUCCAGUGGACAGCCAGGUGGAAUUGAAAGCCAUUUGGGCACAUGCCGGGUGGAACCCUGAUGAUACCUGGGCUGAAUGGACUCGGUUGCUGCCGGUAGCUUUGGUGAAGCAUCAGCAUGGUUUGUCAGUGCAGCAAAGCUGGGCUCAGGCCUCAGCGGAUUUUCCUGAGUGGAAGCUGGCCCGGCAAGCUGUUACCCUUCUGUUGGCAUUCUCAGCAUCCAGUGCCAUCACUGAGCGAACGCUCAAGGAGCUUUCCCGCCAAGAGACAGCCCAAAGAGCUCGGAUGCUUAACAGCACCGAAGAAGAUAUUUUGUUGGCCUGGCAGGCCCCAAAGGAGGAGCAGGUGGCUCAUAGAACCACCGAUUCUUUUGGAAACAAAAGCUUGCGUCCAAAGAACAAGUACUUGCCUCUUCUUUUGAAGGACUACAUUCUCAAGUUUGGGAACCGCAAAUGCCAGCGAGCGCCUAAGCAAAGACGCGAUGCUGGUUUGAAGAAGGACCCAGCAUUGUUGCAACAGCAACGUGAAGCCCGGGGAGGGGCAGAAAUUUUGCGGUCAAGAGAAGCCUGUGUGAGUGCACUUGAAUCCAUGCCAGAAGCGGACCGGAUAGCUUUGCUUGAGAAUUCAGUGGCUGGUGGGCCGGUGCCUGCUUUGAAGACAAAAGACAUGGAGGCUUUGCAGACACCUGCCUUUGACAAAGUCAUUGCUGCAGGCGAGGAUGCCAAGAAGCGGAGGCUGAGCGCUUCUAGCCAAGCAGGCACCGCAGAGCCGCCUGCGAAAAGAAGCAAGGGCUGGCAACCACGGUGGUCUUCCCAAAGAGGUUCAGUGCGUGCAGACCCUUCGAACAUUCCAGGCGGGCUCGCCUUCAUCAAGGCCACUGGAGAUAUUGAGCGAGCAGCGGGCAUUUUGGAGAAAGUUGGUUUCAAGCCUGAACCGUUCAGCGUUGCUUCUUUGUCUUACGAGGCAUUUGUGGAAGCUGCGUCGGCCUUGACCUCUCGGCGUGCUUGUGGCCACGUCAUUGUGGUGGAUAACUUGGCCCAGGCAGCUUCAGUGACUGCGUUGCGUGCAUUGGCUCAACUCCUCGGCUGCUUCAUGUGUGAGCUGUCAGCAGUUUUAGCUGUUCCAGACGCAGGUCCAGCAGGGCUCCAAUAUGCCACUGCCUACAAUGCCCGUCCAAGGCAUGUGGCCAUCAGCAAAAGCUUUGCUGCAGCAGUACCUGAUCUUGGUAUUGUCCUUGCUUUGGUCUCCAAGUUACCAGGGUCAAAGCUUCGGGUUGCCUCUGACCCAAAUGAUCUCCACCGAGAAUACCAGGAUUACAAGACCAAACGUGGUUCUGGCAGUAGGCCGUGGUUGUCUUUGCGAGUUGGAGUCACUACUGAUGAGUUGAACGCCCUGGCAUCAAAAAGAAAAAAGUAUCCGAAUCUUUAUUGUGGCAAGAGCGAUUUUAUCAAUUUCUUGUCGGGCGGCGUUGUGUCAGAUGCCGUUUGCCCCGGCAAGUGGUAG